AUGAAACCGGAUACGGCGUGUCCGGAUAACCUGGCGAACUCGGCUGAGCCGGAUAAGGUGCCGGAUAACCCAGUGAACUCGGCUGAGCCGGAUACGGCGUGUCCGGAUAACCUGGCGAACUCGGCUGAGCCGGAUAAGGUGCCGGAUAACCCAGUGAACUCGGCUGAGCCGGAUAAGGUGCCGGAUAACCCAGUGAACUCGGCGGAGCGACCCGCGAACUCGGCGGGGCGACUCGUGAACUCGGCAGAGCGACCCGUGAACUCGACUGCGCAACUCCCGGACUCAAUUGAGCCUGGCUACCGUAUCAGACGGUACAUGGUACCGUUUAGCCUGAGCUCGGCGGCUUGA